AUGUCUUCUGCUCCUUCUGAGAAGGAGGAGAAUCCAAGAAGCAGUGGAACAGAAGCUGAUGAGAAAGUGGCAGGAUGUGGCACCCACAGCAGAGAUCUGAAACCAUGGAUAACUGCCCUUCUCACGAUGCUCUCCCUGAUGAUGGUGGCAGUGACCAUUGGACUUCUGGCUCACAUCUUAGUCUCUGGCCAGAGAAUGGAAUAUUAUCAAGGGACCAUUACAAUUUCAGAUAUUCAAGCCAUAAGCAAUUCAGGACGAAAGAGCUCAAAUGAACUGAAGGACUUACAGGAGGUGAAUGAAAAUUUGGCAGAUGAAAUAUUUAUAGAUUCAGCCUUGAAAAAGCACCACGUCCAAAACCACAUAGCCAGACUAACUCCAGAAGAAGAUGAUGCCAAAGCAGAUAUUGUUAGGGUGCUCCAGUCCCCCUCUACUGGGCAAAGGACCAUGGGAGAAAAGAACCAUAGCAUCUUAAAUCAUAGGAUAAGGAACCCGAGAGCCUUGCCAGCUGGUGUCUCAUUAGUUCAAAUAAAAGAUUGUGGCAAACGAGCUAUCCCAUUAAUUGCCAACAGAAUAGUAUCUGGAAACCCUGCAGCUAGGGGUGCCUGGCCUUGGCAAGUUUCUCUUCAGCGCAGCAACAUCCAUCAGUGUGGGGGCACCUUGAUUGGUAACAUGUGGGUGGUCACUGCAGCACACUGUUUUAGAACUAAUGGAAACCCACGUCAAUGGACUCUUAGCUUUGGAACAACAAUAAACCCUCCCUUAAUGAAAAGAGAUGUCCGAAGAAUUAUUAUGCACGAGAGGUAUCGGCCCCCAGCAAGAGACCAUGACAUUGCUCUUGUGCAGUUUUCUCCAAAAGUCACCUAUUCAGAUGAAGUACGCCGAAUUUGUUUGCCAGAAGCCUCUGCAUCAUUUCCCCCAAAUUCAACUUUCUUCAUCACAGGAUUUGGAGCACUUUACUAUACUGGGGAAUCCCAAAAUGAGCUCCGAGAAGCCCGGGUAGAGCUCAUAAGCAAUGACGUCUGCAAACAACCGCAGGUGUAUGGCAACGACAUAAAGCGUGGGAUGUUCUGUGCCGGAUAUCUGGAAGGAAAGUACGAUGCCUGCAGGGGUGACUCUGGGGGACCAUUAGUUGUAAAAGACAAUAAAGACACAUGGUAUCUCCUUGGAAUUGUGAGUUGGGGAGAUAAUUGUGGUCAAAAGAACAAACCUGGAGUCUACACACAAGUGACUUAUUACCGACACUGGAUUGCUUCAAGAACGGGUCUCUAAGUUGCUACAGAUAAUAAACAAAACAGCAGCAUGCAGGUCAUAUGUAUAUAAUGGUUCAGACAUUCAUUUGGUGGCAUUGGUACAAUGAAGCAAGAUUAAAUAGCUGGACCUAG